GCCCAGCGGAGCGCCAGAUGAGAAAACUGAUUGGCCAAGCGCCUCGCAAUCUCGCGUCACGUGAGCCGCCUUUCAAGGGAUGGCGCAGGGCGCGUUCUCUUCCGUCGCCUAGCAACGGCGAUGGACCGAGAAACGGAGGGUCGUGAGUACCUGGCGCAGCACAAAAUCCCGGAACUUUUGUACAGCCUGACUGCGUUGCUUCUCUUCCACCGGCCAGAAAGUCCAAGAGAGUUUUUGAUAAAGACAUUGGAAAAAGUAAAGUUUGCAAAAUUGACUAAUGUGGAUUAUCCCAAUCUUAUGGAUGAGUCAAACUUGGAUGCAAUGUUUGAAAUGCUAGAUGUUGCAGGCCAAGGCUACAUAAAUGUAACACAAUACAAAGGAGCACUUGAAUCUUUGGGAUUGAGUACUCAGGAUAUAAUUUAUGAAGAAAAUGCACUAAUUACAUUAGAUACCUUCAAGGGAAAUGUGAUGACAAAAUUUGCUGAACUGUGGGAAGCAUUUUAAUCGUGGAUAUUCUCAUCUGAAAUAUUUUUUACUUUCUGAAAAAACUAGCAAUUCCAUUUAGAUAUAAUGGCCUUCACGUGUACUAACUGUACCAUCAUUGAAGCAGAUAUAAAAUCUCUCCUUUUCCUGUAUUUCAAAAUCUUCAAAACUGUUAUAAUACUGAAUUUGCUAAAUAAACACUAGGAGUAUUAGCCAA